AUGAAGUUGUCUGUAGUUAUUGCGUUUGUACUGAUUAUUGCCAGCAUAUCGACGGCGCAGGAUACAGGAGUAGUACCUCAAACCAAGUGUUCGCUACACACAGCGAAUGUGAUAUCGUCAAUCCAAUGUAAAGAGUACUGUGUCAUCAAUGGCAAGGCUGGCGGAUACUGUAACGUGGAAGGACUGUGCACCUGCCGAGCGGAAAACACUCACUUUUUGAUUCGAACGAUUGUUGAUUUGCUGAAUAAAAAAUCUAAUCGGAACAGCGAGGAUGCGUCGGGGUUCUCGCCAGAGCGGAUUCUUAGUAACGAUUACCGCGAAUCUGUUCCGGCAGCCGCGGGGCGAUGGCUUCGACAGCGGGCCAGGACGGUGUGCAGCUACUCGAUGGUGAAGCGACGCAUCCCAGUGCUUCUGUGGUUACCUAACUAUCAGUGGUCUUUCUUACCGUUCGAUAUAAUCGCCGGGAUCACCGUCACCUUGACCGCAAUACCGCAAAGUAUCGCCUAUGGUAUUCUUUCCAACCUGGGCCCACAAUAUGGUAUCUAUUCGAAUGUAAUGGGAUGUCUCGCGUAUGCAGUAUUUGGAAGUGUAAAAGACGUCACCAUUGCUCCAACAUCGCUUACCGCUAUCAUGGUGCAAGUCAUAGUCCAAGAAUUACACUAUGGCACUGCUUUAUUAACAUUCCUUGCUGCCUUGAUCACUAUCUCGUUCGGCUUACUGAAUCUAGGCAUUCUCGUACGAUUUAUCUCGAUUCCUGUGAUAAUGGGCUUCACAACAGCAGCCUGCUUCACUAUUGGCAGCGCACAAGUACGGUCUCUGUUGGGAAUCAAAACGCAGGGCAAACGCGCCGAUUUCGUCACAUCAUGGAACAAUGUUUUCACCCAUCUUAAUGAGGUUCGGUUACCCGAUGCCUUGCUUGGCUGCUGUUCAAUUGUUCUACUCGUUGUAAUGAAGCUAUCGAAAGACUUGGGUGAAGGUAGAUCGCGAACUUUCUUCAAAUAUUUUGCCUUAUUGCGCAAUGCACUAAUCGUGGUUAUAGGAGUAACUUUGGCGUACUGCCUGACUACAGAUAUUGAUAACCCUACGUUUCUUCUCACGGGACACGUCCAAGCAGGGCUUCCCGCAUUUCAAGUACCGCCCUUUUCAUAUACAAACGACAAUGGUACCGUGUAUGGAUUUGGCGAUAUGUUGGCGGUAAUGCGCACAUCUAUCAUAACGAUCCCCUUGGUGACCACUCUGGAAAUCGUAUCCGUGGGAAAAGCAUUUUCCAAGGGAAAAAGUAUUGAUGCGACUCAAGAAAUGUUUGCCUUGGGCAUGUCGAAUUUACUUGUGUCCUUCUGUUCACCGUUACCCGUUGCCGGAUCGUUCACUAGAUCGGCCCUCAAUAAUAGCAGCGGUGUCCGUACGACUCUAAGCUGUGCGAUAACUGCAGUCAUGUUAAUGCUUUCACUAGCAUUGCUAACCGACGUGCUAUAUUAUAUUCCGAAGGCAACACUGGCCGCGAUCGUUAUUUCGGCAAUGGCGUAUAUGAUUGACUGGGAAGAAAUAUGCAACAUUUGGCGAACGAAAAAACUGGACAUGGUACCGUUUUUGGUAACUGCGUUAGCAUGCUUAUUCUACGAACUGGACUACGGUAUUCUGGUGGGCAUCGGAAUAAAUUGCGGCUUCUUGCUGUAUCUGAUGUCCACCCCUCGGCUUACGGUAGAGCUUAUGGAAAUUUCAAAUCUUCGUGUACUGCUUGUCAACAUCGAUCAAUCACUAGCAUUUUCCGCAGUCGACCGUUUACGUGGUUGGAUUUUGAAGCAGAUUGAACGGCACGACGGUGUGGAGCUCGUAGUUAUCGAUGGAUUGAACGUGCACUUCAUCGAUAUGACCGUGGCCAAAAGUUUUGUAGAGAUGGAGCACGAUUUGCAAAUGCGUCAAGUUCGUCUAUUACUGUGGCGAUUUGAACCUGAAAUUGCCUGCACAUUACUUCGAAUGCGAGAGGAAUUGUUUUUUCCGAUACUACGAACUGAUUUAGGACUACAGGAUGCUGUUUCCAGGUGGAAACAUAUUCACUAUCUACAAACAGACGUUGUCCAAUAAUAUUAAUAAACGAAUACGUUACAUAAAAUAAAGCUGGAACAUAAAAUAAAGUGCCAAAGAAUAU